AUGCCUCCUUCCGCAACAGUAAAAGCCAAGGCCGGCGCUUUGGCGUUGCUGGCAUUGGCAGCACUGGCUUCACAAGCCUCGGCCUCGAUUCCUCGUCUCAAUCGCAUCAACUUUGCACUUGAAGGCAGCAAUCCUUCCGUGCAAGAUGCAUUGCCCAUGUUUACCGACAACCGCUUGUCUAAGAGACAAUCUCAGGUGCAGCAAGACGACAUUGUUACCCAGUCCGCGACAGAUCCCAUCGGAGCAGCUGUAGCUGCUGAUGCACUUCCCAAUGUCGCUGGCAAUGCCGCCGGUAACACAGACGUCACGGGCAAUCUCUUGCAAGGAGACGGCUACUCGAACUACCCGUGGAAUCAGAAUGUCUACUUUAACCCUAGUUCCACUUUGCCCAACGUCACCCCUGACGGUGGCUGGACAUUGCUCCCCGACAUUACUGGCUUUAACCUGAAUCGCACAUUCUCAGUCUACAACGUCUUCAAGAACGAGUCGGGCAUCUUACCAUUCUACAUCUCCAACAACCCAGACCCUACCAAAGUACUUCGCGCCAUCGUCGUUUGGCCAGGUAAACCGCGUGACACUUGGAAGUAUGCCAACCUCAUGUUCAACGCGAGAAGCGUUGCCGUACAGAACUUCCCCCAGCCAGGCGCCACAAACGACUCGUUCCUCAUCGUGGCACCUGCCAUGUUCAACCAAUUCGACAUUACCGGCGGUGCUGUCCGUCCUGGCGAGCUCACCUUCCACGGUUCAGGCUGGCAGCGUGGUGCACCUAGCAGAACGCCAGCCAUGAGGCAUUCUAUCACCAGCUACGCCGCUGUCGAUCAGCUAAUUGAAGAGCUCUUCAACAAGAAAACCUACCCCAACCUCAACCAGGUUGUCGUCGCCGGUCACUCGAUGGGUGGCCAAGCUGCUCAACGAUAUGCGCUCAUGAAGAAGACAAAGUCUUACGAUGACAACGUGCGCUACUGGAUUGGCAAUCCCGGUUCUUGGGCUUGGCUCAUCGACUCGCGACCUUACAUGAACGCCAAUGACUCGUGCCAGCUCAACAAUGAGUGGGAUGCUUGGCCGUACGGUCUGAAUGGCAACCAAUCCAAGCUCACACCUUACUCGAGACGUGAUGUUAUCGCUAACAAGACCUACGUCAUCAACCGCUUCCUCAAUCGCCAUGUAUCGUACGCACUAGCAUUGCUCGACAUCGGUGCUGGUGACACUCACUGCGAGGCGCGAUGGCAGGGUGGCAAUCAUUUGGACAGAGGCUCCCACUUCCUCAUGCAGUAUCAGAACGCCAGUGCUUUCUACCUUGGUGGCAAGUUCCCACCCAAGCACACUCUCGAUUACAUUGCCAAUGUCUCGCAUCAGGACUACGGCAUGUACUCUACCAACAUGUCGUUGCAGCGCCUCUUCUACGAUGAUCUCAACGUCCGGUAUCCGGAUGUUAAGAACACCACCAACCCUGGUGAUAAGAAGAAGAAGCCAAAGGGUACCAAGGCCUUUGCAACGCCAGCCCACGAGAAGGUAGCCAUCGGCCUGCUGGCAGGCUCGCUCGGUCUUCUCUUCAUCGUCUUCACUGCUCUCCCCAUCAUCUUUACCGCGGAUACCGUCAAAGACAUUGACACUUCAUGGGAUGCUCAGAGCUACUUGAGUUCUGAGUCUCGAAGGAUGCUUGUGGACCGCAAGUGGUGA